UGGAAGAAAGUUCGAAGGAUACUUUCUUUUCGGGUUCGAACAGGAGUUAAAUUGGCACUUCAAACUCGAUAUUUCAAUAUCAUAUAAAAUAUACUUCAGACCAUUCUCAGAUCAAGAUUUUAAGUUCAUAUUGUACAACACACGUAUACGUAAACGUACACGCAUUCAUGCGUAAAUGCAGGCAUAUGUAUGCGUAUGCAUGCUUUCAAUUAUUAAAAUCGAAGUGACUUUUUUUCCAAUUUUCAUACUUUUCUAUUCGAUUUUGAUCACGUCAGUUUUUAAAAAGGAACGAGGAGUUCGCAUUGUUAAGAUAUACGAAAGCAUGAUCAACUUUUGAGAGAAAAGUCCUUAGUUUCGUUCGCCUGUGUUAUGUAAAAAAAUCGUUUACUUCGACAGACGUUCCCAGCAAAUAUUUAUGUUUUACUUCCUUGACUAGCUGGAAAGCUUGCAAGAAUGGCGUCUAAAGUGUUGGUUAAAUUGCCAACUGUAGCUUUUCCGAAAGGAAAGAAAUCGCAGGCAGAUAUAGUACCACUACCAGAAAGAAAUGAAGGAUUGAAUAAAACGCUCAGACUUCAAAAUAUUAAUGUGGAUAGAGUAGCUCAAUUAGAGCAAAAUAUGAAAUUUUUACAAGAACAGCAUCAGGCAACCUUGGUUGCUUUGCACCAGGAAGUUGAAUCAUUGCGACAAAAGAAUAGAGAUCUACAGUUUCAGCUAGUAUUCUCAAAAGGCUCUACUUAUGCACCUAGCACUCCCUCUUCUCCCGAAGAUAAUGGAACUGGGUUCGUGAAAGCAAAGGGUAGCCCAGUAUGCGUAAAUAUUGCGCCAUUGCAGGUGGAACUUCUGGAGAAAGAUUUACAAGAUAUCAAGAUAUCGCUACAAAAAGCAAAAACACAAAACCAAUAUUACUCUGAAAUUAUUGAACAACAGAAAAAAAAGCUGAAUUCUAUAGAAGAAGAGAAAACAAACAAAAAUUCGGUGGUAGAUGUAGGAAUCCAAGUAGAAUCUAGAUUUGAUCCUGUUCAGUCGAAUUUGGUGACACGUUUAGAAGUCACGGAAAAGAUGGUAAAACGAUUACUUAAACAAAACGAAGACAAAAAGAAAGAACUUGAAGUAUUGACAUUUGUAUUGUCAAAUAAAACGAGUGCUAACAGAGGAGCUCAAUCUCAAGACAGUAACAAUAGCCAUCACAGUCGUGGAUCACCUACGAGUACCACGCAAGAACAAACACCUAAAUUCCCACCGUUACAGAGCCAGAGCUACUGGCACCGUCGAGUACCUAGAAAUGAAAGGAAUCGUCACGACAAACAAGAUCAUCAGACGGAAGAAUCAGCCCUUUAUCGGUCACGGGGAUACCGUAAUUAUUAUCGCGACGAAAGUAACCGAAAAUACAGGGGUCAAAUGUCACAGAAGGAUCGUAGAGAUCAUCAUCUUCAACAUCUUCAUAAUCUUCAUCGACGAGAUGAUAAAGAUAGAAAUUCCAAAGAUCAUAAAAAAGAAUUUGCAGGUUCUGCGGAGGGUUCGAGAGAACCUGACAAUUCCGCGGGUAGCAAGUCAUAAAAUGGAAACAACCUGUCGAACAUAUUAGAUGCGUAGCAGACUGUUCGUCUCCAAACCUUAAUACAGGUGAUUGUGUGGAACUUCUCAAUAGCGGUAUAUUUGUUAAGAAGAGAAUAAUCUACUUUUUCUUGUACCCGCUUCAACAAAAUAAUUAAUAUCAAAUUACGUGCGUAUAGCUUGCAAUAGAAUAGCGAUAACAUUACAUUGAGAUUAUACUAUCUUUAAUGUGAAAAUUCUAGUCCAAUUUUAAUCAUUAUGAGAUAUUAAUAUAAAAGUAGUGCAUGCGCUUUAUGGAUCAGUGAUAAUUACCAAAUAUGGGUAACUUGUGCUACCAUAAUUGAAAUCGAAAAUGAUAUGAUUGUUCCAUUUUUACUGGAAGGAACAAUAACAUAUUUCUAUCUCAAGGAGAAGUAAAUAAUAAUAAUAAUAAUAAUAAUGAUAAUAAUAACAAUGACGACGACGACGACGAUGAUGAUCAUGAUAAUGGUGAUGAUAAUGCUGGCGAUACAAAGGAUACGACCAAUAUUUAUAUGAUACUAGUUUCUGAGGCUUAAAGUGACCAAAGCUUAAGCUUAAUAUGCGUGCAAUAUUUCAGUCCUAAGUGUGCCUGUACUGAAUCUUUAUUUUAACGUAUUUAACAUUUAUUAAUUGUAAUAAUUUCCAUACAGUUCUAUUAAAAAGGAUAAUCAGCGUAUCGUUGAACGAUCUAGCUGCCAUCGAUGUUGCAACCUGAUGUUACAUUAAAAAAAAUUAACAAUUACUUAAAUUAGAUACAUAGAUACCUGUCGCGUUAAUAUAAUUUCAUUAAAAAGUAUUUUAUGAUCAUGUGUAAAAGAAAACGAUGUCUUUAAAUUAAUGGAAUAUUAAAUGGCAAUAUAAUAUUAUUCUUUGUAUUUAA